CAUCUCACUGCAGUCGCCUCGAGGUUUUAUACCCCGGCCAACGUUAUAAGUGCCGCGGAAUUAUCCUCAAAACAAAGUUUUUCUUCACUUCCUAAUAUAACAUCUGUUAAAUUAGAAUAUAAGCUUUUAUAAACAUGGAUAUGACAAAGAAACUAACCAAAGACCUAAUCGAAAUGUAUUGGGAGCGCAAAUGUUUGUGGAAAGUAAAUUCAAAGGAGUACAAGAAACGUGACAUGAAAAAUAAGGCCUACCACGAGAUGGUCAUGUUCCUUCGUAAGAAUGGAAUCAAGAAUGCCAAUGCAAAAUUGGUUCGUGAAAAGAUUCAAAAUUUGAGGCGCGCAAUGAGAAAGGAAAAGAAAAGAAUAGACAGUUCAGGUGGUGCUUACAGCCCGACACUAUGGUAUUACGAUCUGUUAAUGUUUGUAAACGACCAGUACGAAGAUACCACAUGCUCCCCAUCAUUAACCAUCACCGAUUCAAAUGACAUAAAAGAAAUAAAUUGUGAUGUCGUAUAUUCGGACACAGAUGAAGAAAAAAUCGACGAGGAAACAAUUUGUGAAAAUUCCAAAAGUCCUAAAUCUGCGGAAUCACAUGAUGUAACAACAGAUGAUAAUAAGGACAAUAAUUUUUCUUACAAUAAUAAUAAUAAAGAAAGUAAGGAAAAUUGUGUGGAAUUCGAAGCUGUAGGGAUUAAUUUUACGGCAAAAUUAAAAAGGAUGGAAUCUAAACAGCAGAUAUUUGCAGAAUUGUUAAUACAGAAGGUAUUAGCUCGUGGACUUCUUGGUCAACUAAACGAGAUGACAGACAUUGUUGAUAAAGUGUAAUAUUUUAAAAACAAAGUAUAAAAGUACUUACGAUUAU